CUCCUCCACGCGCGGCCCCCGCAGCUCCUCUCCUCCUCCUCGCGCAACCGCUCCUCCUCCACGGGCGGCGCAGACACGGCCGGCCUGGGCGGCGUGACUGGACGGGCGGCGAAGCACGGCGCGGGAGGUGGGGCGCGGCCUGCCUGGGCGGCGCGGUUGGCCGGGCGCGGACGGCCGGGGCUGCGCGGGCGGCGCGGCGUUGCGGCGGGGGGGCAGCUGCGCGGGCGAGCGGCCGGCGGCGCGUGGAACGCCGGUGGCCCAGCCGGGCUCUAUUUUUUUAAUUGCUAUUAGAACCGGUUGUUCAACCGGCUGUGUUGUGUGCCCCCUUCUAGAACCGGAUGCUUGGCAGUUCUGUGGUAGUUGGCGGCUCUCCACCUCCUCACCAUGGUAUUUGCCAUGCUACUACUCCUUUUCCUCGGAGCCUCCGGUGCCGGCAUUUCGUCGGACACGCUAAACAAAGGAGGCAACAUCACCGAUGGCGAGACGCUGCUCUCCGCCGGUGGUUCAUUUACCCUGGGUUUCUUCUCCCCGUCGACCACGGUGCCAACCAAGAGAUACCUCGGGAUCUGGUUCACGGCGUCUGGCACGGGCGCUGUGUUGUGGGUGGCCAACCGUGACACCCCGCUAAACAGCAGCUCCGGCGUCCUGGUGAUGAGUAGCCGGGUGGGCCUCCGCCUCCUCGACGGCUCUGGCCAGACCGCCUGGUCCUCAAACACGACGGGCGCCUCUGCCUCUUGGGCGGCGCAGCUGCUUGAGUCCGGCAACCUUGUCGUGCGCGAGCAGAGCAGCAACGCCAGCCUGUGGCAGUCAUUCGACCACCCGUCCAACACCUUGCUCCCUGGUAUGAGGUUCGGCAGGAACCUAAAGACCGGCCUGGAGUGGUCCCUCACGUCGUGGCGGUCCAAGGACGACCCGGCGACGGGGGACUACCGUCGGGUCAUGGACACAAGGGGCCUGCCGGACAUCUUCACAUGGCAAGGCAGCGCCAAGAAUUACCGCGCCGGCCCGUGGAACGGUCGCUGGUUCAGCGGCAUCACCGAGAUAGCGUCCUACUCCGGGAUGUUCUCCGUGCAGGUUUUUGUCAGCCCCGACGAGAUCUUCUACGUCGUCACCGCCAUGCCCGGUGCGCCCUUCUCCCGCCUCGUACUGAACGACGACGGAUCGGUGCAGCGUCUGGCGUGGGAUCCGGCCACCCAGAUCUGGAACGUCUGGUUGAGAUCGCCAAGGGACUUCUGCGACAACUACGCCGAGUGCGGCACGUUCGGCCUGUGCAACUCGGCCACCGCGUCCACGCAGUUCUGCCGCUGCAUAGACGGGUUCAGCCCGGCAUCGCCGUCACAGUGGUCCAUGAGGGAGACCUCCGGUGGUUGCCGUCGGCACACGCCACUGGAUUGCAGUAAAGGGACGACAACGGAUGGGUUCAUGGUGUUGGGAGGAGUGAAACUCCCUGACACGGACAACGCGCUGGUGGACAUGAGCGCCACGCUGGCGCAGUGCAGGGCGCGGUGCCUCGCCAACUGCUCCUGCGUGGCGUACGCCCCCGCUGACAUCCGAGGUGGCGGCGGUGGCAGUGGUUGCGUCAUGUGGAUGGAUGACAUCGUGGACGUUCGUUAUGUAGAUAGAGGGCAGGAUCUCUACGUGAGGUUGGCAAAGUCUGAAUUUGCUGCAAGGAAAAAGAGGGGUGUGGUGAAAAUCUUGGCUCCAGUUGUGGCGUCUGUGCUUGCACUCAUGGUCACUGCCAUGUACCUUGUUUGGAUAUGCAAGCUUAGAGACUACACUAAUACGACUUUGCUGCAAGGCCCAAGUCGAAACAAUGGUAGCGGGAAGAAAGUAAUGAUAGGUUUAGAGAGCACGUCAAAUGAACUUGGAGACGAAGAAGAUCUCGAGCUUCCAUUUCUUAGCUUUAGAGAUGUUGUCUCUGCAACAAACAACUUUUCUGAUGGUAACAUGCUUGGAAGAGGAGGCUUCGGCAAGGUUUAUAAGGGUAUGCUGCCCAAUAACAGAGAAGUUGCAAUCAAAAGACUUGGUAAGGGUUCUAGACAAGGGGCAGAGGAAUUCAGAAAUGAAGUUGUUCUAAUUGCCAAACUGCAACACAGAAACCUUGUCAGACUUCUUGGUUACUGCAUUCAAGGAGACGAGAGGCUGCUGAUUUACGAGUAUUUACCAAACAAAAGCUUGGAUUGCUUCAUUUUUGAUCCUGCAAGUAAAAGAGCCCUCGAUUGGCCAACAAGAUUCAAGAUAAUUAAAGGAAUAUCUAGAGGACUUCUUUAUCUCCAACAGGAUUCAAGGUUGACUAUAAUUCACAGAGAUAUCAAAACAAGCAACAUCCUGUUGGACGCAGAUAUGAGCCCAAAUAUAUCAGAUUUUGGUAUGGCAAGAAUCUUUGGUGGAAACCAACAAGAAGCAAAUACUAAUCGAGUUGUUGGGACAUAUGGUUACAUGUCUCCUGAAUAUGCAAUGGACGGCACCUUUUCAAUCAAGUCAGAUACAUAUAGCUUCGGUGUCAUACUCUUGGAGAUUAUAAGUGGUUUAAAGAUCACUUCGACUCAGUUCACCAGCUUCCCUAGCUUAUUAGCUUAUGCAUGGAGCUUAUGGAAAGAUGGUAAGGCAAUUGAUCUCGUGGACUCAUCAUUUGUUGGGACCUGUUCACCAGUUGAAGCUUUGCGAUGUAUCCACAUAGGACUGUUGUGUGUGCAAGACAAUCCAAAUAGUAGGCCACUUAUGUCAUCGGUUGUGUUCAUGUUGGAGAACGAAACCACCACAUUACGUUCAGUUCCAAAGCAGCCCAUGUACUUCUCCAAGUGGUAUUUAGAAGCCCAAGGAACAGGAGAAAAUACAAAUAGCUCCAUGAAUGACGUUAGUAUCUCAGUGUUGGAGGGGCGAGCAUCAACUCGUGUAUCCUUGGCCUUGCUGCUUGUGCUGCCAGGAUGAAGACUGAAGUACAGGAUAAAGCUUACCACUGGAAACCACAUCUCGUGUGGGAAUUCUAUCAAAUACGUUGCAGGCAGCAGAGUUCCGUCCUGGCUCCGUCUUCUUGUUGGCGUCGGAGGUGGAUUUUGAUGGCGCCGUGGACACCCUCCUUGCCAUCGCUGCUGUUCUCCUCCUCCGCUCUUACUCGAGCGGUAUGGGCCGCCGCAGCCGCUGCGUCCGCCAGCACGAGGAGCAGGGAGGCCGCGCGCAGCCUUGUCGCCCUUCCCUCAAUACGCGCUGCCCGAGUCGCCCCUCUGCCUUCGCUCGCUGCUCGCCAGUGCUCUAGACCUCCGGCAAUUGCUCGUGCCAAGGCCGCGCAACCAGGGCUUUACCUCGCUCAAUCCCGGGCGGCGCCGCUCGUCGUGGUGGUUGCGCUGUGGCUAGGCAGAGGAAGGGAGGAGGC